AUGGCGCCGAAGAAGACGCCGAAGGGCAAGUCGGGCUUCUUCGGCGUGAGGCAGAAGCCCUCCGGUAACCGGGGUGUGGAGUUCUCCGACGCCGGAAGGCGUUGGUGGAUUGGCACGUACCCCUCCGCCCACGAGGCCGCGUGUGCCUACGACGUGGCGGUGUGGCGUGCCGAGAGGCCUCGGUCGCACCUCAACUUCCCAGAGAUCGAGACUCGGGCGGAAGCGGAGAUGCUUGUGCCGCAGGGCAUCAACAUGAAGGAGAUCACGACGAAGAAGAAGAAGACGAAGAAGCCGUCGGUUGUCGUCAGUGCUGGCGAGACCGACGAGGAGGCGAUGGCGAGGUUUGCUCGGGAGCAUCCGGAGUACGUCCAGGCCGAGCUGGAGUACUACUGGAAGUACUUCUCGGACGAGGAGGAGGAGGAGGAGGGGUGCGACGACCUGACGAAGGAGGAGUUCUGGGCGCAGUUCCGCAGCUCCGACGAUGAGGAGUAG